AUGGCUUCAUCAAGUUCUUACAAUUCGCCAUGUGCUGCGUGUAAGUUUUUGAGGAGGAAAUGCAUGCCUGGUUGCAUCUUUUCCCCUUACUUCCCACCAGAAGAGCCCCAAAAAUUCGCAAACGUUCACAAGAUCUUCGGUGCAAGCAACGUCACGAAGCUUCUCAACGAUCUCAUGCCGCACCAAAGAGAAGAUGCCGUGAAUUCACUUGCAUAUGAGGCCGAGGCGCGAGUUAGGGAUCCAGUUUAUGGGUGUGUUGGAGCCAUAUCCUUCCUCCAAAGACAAGUCGAUCGCCUUCAAAAGGAACUAGAUGCUGCCAAUGCCGAUUUGAUUCGAUAUGCUUGCAAUGAGAUCCCAACAGGGUUGCCUGCAGCUGCAGUGCCACAUUUGAGUAGUACAAUUCAGCCAAUUACUCCACCACAAAGAUCAGCCAGCAAUAUUGAUCAUCAUUACUCAUCUACUAGAAGAAUUAUUGGAAAUAAUAAUAAUAAUAUUGAUGGAGGUAGUGGUGGAUUCUACCAAACACCACCUUCUAAUAAUUAUCCUAAUUACCCUUUUGUUAAUCAUCAUCACCAAUGGAAUAAUCCCAAUGGCUCCGAUGGAAAUAUGGGUGGAGGAAGAGGAGGAGGAGGACAAGGUAAUGUGUGA